AUGUCCCAAAUAGCGUCGGCGGUGAAAAACGAACCGCCGCCUUCAGUUCAUCCGCCUGAAGAUGAACACGGAAUGAAGCAUCAGAUCUCCAUAACACACAGUAAUGCUGAGGAAAAAGUGGAUAAGGACACUGUAAGUUAAAUAUAUUUUUAAAAAAGGACUUUUGAAAAUUGUAUAGUUUUUUUAGGGUAGGGUAUUUUAUAUUUAGGCCCUUUAUGCUAUUUUUAAGCAUUUUUAGGGCUAUUAUUGCGAUUUUUUUGUUUUUUUUGAGAUGUAAAGAAAGUUCUUGCGGAUUUUUUAAAAUUUGUUUUAAUAGAAUGCAAGGGCUUGUCAUUAUGUGUUUUGUUACAAAAUUGUUUGGCAUUUGAAGAAUUGUACAAAAAGUUAUGGCACUAAAAAGGGAAAGAUCGUCGAUUUUUUUUGGUUUGUAGGACGUCUUUAAGCUGUAAAGAAAGUCGUUGCUAAUUUUCAAAAAAUUUGUUUUGACAGAAUGAAAGGGCUUGUCAUUCUGUGUUAUGGCACAAAGUUUUAUUUGAUUUGAGGUUUAGCACAAAAAGUUAUGGCACUUUUAAGGAAAGUUUUUGCGAUUUUGCCUGAUUUUUGAGACUUUUGUGAGUUGUAAAGAAAGUUCUUGCUGAAUUUUGUGAAAUGUGUUUUAACAUAAUGAAAACACUUGUUAAUGUGAGUGUUGUCACAAACAUUUAUGACUUGUAAAAUUUUUUUAAGGAAAAUUUUUGUGACUUUGCUUGAUUUUUGCUGCUUUUUCGAGCUGUAAAGAAAGUUUCUACACAUUUUUUACAAAAUCAUUUAAAUAUGGUAAAAGAGAAUGAUAUCUUUACCAUUUUGCAUUAAAAGCAUAAUGUUAAAAAUGACAUUUUAAAGCUUCUUGUAUUAGUUUUAAGACUGUUUUUGGCCACUUUGAAGGGUUUUUUGAGAUGUAAGGAAAGUUUUUGCAUAAUUUUUAAAAUUUUUUUACAAUAUAAAUGUUUUAGCCUUGCAUUUUACGACCGUUCCGAUCGAUUCAACGUGCUUAUUUAACAUUAAAAGGGGACAUCUCAUCAAUAUGCUUGUUGUUGUUCCUAUACCUACUACAAGUAAGUGCUACCUUCCUAAAAAGAUGGCAACCUAGUUUUUUUUUGUAAAAUACGUCUUCAAAUCUAGGUUUUCAAAAUUUUUUUUUUUAAAUUUUUUUUAAGUUCGAACUUUUUAAAGAUUAUAUUAACCAUGCUUUCAGGGUAUCCCACUUGGUCUAAUAGCUGCAGUGCCAUUGUUAUUGCAAAGCAAAGGCAUCACUUACUCACAACAAGCCGUUUUCUCAUUUUCACAUUGGCCGUUCAGGUGAGUUUUGUCAUUUUGAAGGGUUUUUGGGCUGUGUCAAUUUUGGCGGGAAAAUUGAAAUUUGAAUUUUUGGAUUAACAUAAACUGACUAAAACAAAAAAAAAAGAUUUUAUGGUAAAAUACGAGGAUUGAUUGUUUCUGUUAUUAAAAAAAAUUACUAUUUGACAUUUAUAAAAUACGAUUUUAAAUUUGGCGUUCAUUUUGAAAUUUGUAUUUUUCGACGUGAAAAUUGGUCGAUAAAUCAAUAAAUACGUAAGUUUUUGAGAGAAAUACGAUGGGUACGUUCUUUCAGUAACUUUCAUUUAAAAAAUCCUAUUUUUGUUUAUAAAGUACAGUUUUUCAUUUUGGCGGGGAAAUCGAAAUUUGAAUUUUUUAUUAUUAAGAUUGGUCGAUGUAAUUCGGUUUUUUUUUGUAAAGUAUGAGCAUUUCUUUGUUGCCUGAGAUAAACAAAAAUUUUUUAUUGUUUUUUUUUUAAUUAUGAUUUACUUUUUCGAAAAAUUCAAAUUUAAAUUUUCCCGCCAAAUUAAAAGACCCGUAUUUUAUAAAUGUAAAAUAGUAAUUUUUUAAUAACAAAAGUGAUUAUAAAAUCGUAUUUUACCAUAAAAUCACUCUUGUUUUGGUUUUGAUCAGCAUAAAUUGAUCCGAAAAUUCAAAUUUCAUUUUUUCCGCCAAAUUUAAAAAUCGUUUUUUAUAUAUGUAAAAUGGUACUUUUUGAACUUUUUUAAUAAACAAGUUUUUUUUAGAAUCGUAUUUUACCAUAACAUCAAUUUCUUUUGAGUUUGACUAUGUUCUACUAAUCUGAAAAUUCAAAUUCCAUUUUUCCCGCCAAAACUCUAAUCAUUUGAUAAACCCCCACAACUGCCAUUUUUUAGUAUGAAAUUGCUAUGGGCCCCAAUAGUCGAUUCGUUAUUUUUUCGCCGAAUUGGCCGAAGGAAGUCCUGGAUGGUACCGUGUCAAUACCUGAUUGGUACCUUCUUACUGGUCGUUAGUUAUUAUGUGAACCAAAUUAUGGGUACUGAUGGGAGUGGAACGCCCAACAUCUUCUUCUUAAUGUGUGUGUUCUUACCGUUGAACUUUUUGGCCGCGACACAGGAUAUCGCUGUGGAUGGAUGGGCUCUUACUAUGUUGUCACGGUAGGUAUACUGUAGUUUGUAUUGUGAGUAUCGUGGGGAGGGGAAGAACGGGGGGGGUGGGGGGUAGAUAUAAAAAAAUGGUAAAAUACGACUGGAUCUGAUCUAGAUAUGAAUUUUUUGUUAUUUAUUACUAAAAAAGGUCAUUUUAUACGAAGAGCGACAUGUUAUACGAUGAAACAUGACCUAGGAGGAUAACAAGUGCCAUUCUUUAUGAUAGGUCAUCAACUGUUCUACAAAAGUUUAUUAUUUUAUGACAUACAGGAACAUUUUUUAUUAUUUUAAUACAUUUUUGGCCAUCAAUAAGCGUUUUUUACAAAAAAAAGUGACAUGUUAUACGAUGAAAAAUGCCCUGGUUAAAAACUGCCAUUUUUAAUGAGGGGUCUUGAAAUUUGAUUUAAAGACAUUAUAUAUUACAAAGAUACGUUUCUUUUAAUUGUGGACCUUUUGUGAUAAAGGAGACAUGUUAUACGAUGACACAGGUCCGAGUGUAGCAAGUGCCACUCUUUAUGUUAGGGGAUGACGUAUUUUACAAAAAUCAACUAUUUUAUUUUUUAAGGAACAUUUUUUACUAUAGUAAUACAUUUUUGGCCAUCAACGGCCGUUUUAUACAAAAAAAGUGACAUUUUAUACGAUAAAACGUGUCCUAAUAUAAAACUGCCGUUUAUAAUGAGAGGUUAUGAAACUUGAUUUAAUGAUAUUUUGUACUACAAAGAUACAUUUAACUUAAUUUUAUUUUUUUUGUAAUAAAAGAGACAUGUUAUACGAUAAAACGUGUCUUUUAUACAAAUUGCCAUUUUAUAUUAAACUGUUGUUGAAAUUUGAAAAAAUAACGAAUUUUGUAGAAAAAACGUUGGCUACGCCUCAACGUGUAAUGUUGUUGGCCAAACAGUCGGUUUUUUCAUGGGAAAUGUGGUCUUUCUGACCCUUCAAAGCAAAGACUUCGCUAACAAAUGGAUUCGCACAGUGCCACAGGACAAGGGACUGGUCGAGUUUGAUGGUAGGUUCAACAAUAUUUAAUUUUUAAGAAAUUUUUUGUCUAAAAAGUGGUCGUAUGUUAAUUUUAAAAUGGUUUUUAUUGUUUGAGAACUGAAUUUGGGGCAUUCUGAGGGAAAAAAUGCUUAAGAAAGGCUUUCUGCAGCCUGCGCGGUUCAUCUUAUACGUUGAAAUGUGUUUUUAUAAGAAUUUUUAAAAAAUUGUGAUUUUUUUUUAAUAUUGUAAAAUACGUCAGUGUGGUUUAUUAGUAAAAAGUGUUUUAUAAGAGUUUCAGGGUAUGGUAAUUUUCAGGGCAGGGUAGUUUUUAGUUCAUGCUUCUUCCUAGAGCAUGGUAAUUUUUUUUCGGCAUGGUAAUUUUUAAGCCUUGGUUAUUUUUCGGGUAUGGUAAUUUUUAGGGCAUGGUCAUUUUGAAGGCAUGGUCAUUUUUAGAACAUGGUAAUUUUGAAAGCAUGGUACUUUUUUGGGCAUGUCAAUUUUUAGGGCAUGGUAAUUUUUAGGACAGGUUAACUUUUUUAUGGUAGGGUAGGGUAAAGUAGGGUAGGGUACCGUAUCAUAACUUAUAUGUUUUGUUUUUCAGGCUUUGUCUUUUUUUGGGGCUGGGUCUUCAUAGUCUCGACGACGCUGGUGUUCAUCUUCAAGAAGGAGGUGGAUCACUCUUCACCUUCAGCUCAGGACAAGAUGGAGAAUCAAUCAGACGAUGAGAUUCACCUCAAUGUCUUCCAGACCUACUCGAUCCUGCUCAAGAUCCUCUGUUUAAAGCCAAUGAGGAUCAUGGUGGUACUCCUCUUAACGGCCAAAAUCGCCUUCGCCGCCGCGGACUCUAUGACCGAUUUGAAGCUGAUCAAUGCUGGGAUCACGGCUGAUAAGAUCGCUUCAAUUUCGAUAUUUUUAACCCCGCUACAGAUCAUUUUACCGUGGUUAUUGGGGAAACAAAUCGCUGGACCCAAGCCACUGAAUGUCUACUUGUUGGCUUAUCCUUAUAGGUAGGUGGAUGGUUUGGGUUUAUGUGAGCUGGAAAGAAAGUCCUUGCCAUUUUUUAUUUUGUAAAGAAAGUUCUUGCCAUUUUUUGUUUUGUAAAGAAAGUUCUUGCCAUUUUUUGUUUUGUAAAGAAAGUUCUUGCCAUAUUUGAUUUUUAAAGGACUUUUGAUCCAAAAAUUGACGAUUUUUGAGCUGUAAAGAAAGUUUUUGCAUGAUUUUAAAAAAUUUGUUUUUACAUACUGAAAGAACAUGUCAUUUUGUGUUAUUUUACAAAACUUUAUGUUAUUAGAGAUUUGAAAAAAAAGCUAUGGCACUUUAAAAAAGUGGAAGUUGAAGAUUUUCAGUGAAAAAUACAUUAUAAAUCUUUCACUCAACUUCCAUUUUAAAAAAAGUCUUAAAAUGAGUUAAAAACAUCAUUUUUAAGGUUUUUAAGAGUGGAAGUUGGGUUGAAGAUUUGUAAUGUAUUUUGCACUGAAAAUCUUCCACUUAAUUUCCACUACUAAAAAGUGUCAAAAACGUGUUUUUAGGCCAUUUUACGACAUUUUAAAAGUGGAAAUUAUGUGGAAGAUUUUUAAUGAAAAUUAAAUUACAAAUCUUCCACAUAACUUCCACUUUUUUGUAAAGGCUUAUGUGGUUUGUUAUGCUUAAAAAUGGAGUUUAAAAUGUGUUUUAAUUACUCUGAGGCUGAUAAGUCUCUAUUUCAGGAUAGUAAUGGGCGUGGUAUUCGCGGCUCUAGUCUUUUGGACCCCUUACUUCCGCCUACCUAAUGGUGAAUACCCAUACACUUACUAUGGUAUAUGGAUAAGUGCCUUUUAUCUUCAUCAAAUCGCUUCCUACUGCUAUUUCUUAUCACUUAUGGCAUUUUUCGCUCAAAUUUCUGAUCCAAAGAUUGGUGGUACCUACAUGACAUUACUGAAUACCUUGAGUAACUUGGGUGGUAACUGGCCAUCAACUUUUGUUUUAUCAGUUACUGACUUCUUUAACAAGAAGAAUUGUGUCAGUUCGACUACUAAGGCGUAAGUUGUAGUGUGACAUUGUUUUGUCAUAAGUUUUUUGAUGAAAGUACAUUUAAAAAUGGCAUUUAGAACGACUUUUGAAAGGUUUUUGGGCGAUUUUAGGGAUUUUUCAGCGUUUCUUGAGUUGUAAAGAAAGUUUUUGCAUAGUUUUUAAAAUUUGUUUUGAUACAAUGAAAGAGCAUGCCAUUGUGUGUUAUGGCAUAAAAUUUUAUAUUAUGUGAGGGGCUGGAAAAAAAGUUAUGGCAGUUUGUAAGAUCUAAGUUAAACUGAUUUUUUAAAGCUUUUUAGACGAUUCUAUGGUCAUUUUUGAUGAUUUUUGAGCGUUUUUCGAGCUGUAAAGAAAGUUUUUGCGUAGUUUUUAAAAAUCUGUUUUGAUAUAUUGAAAGGGCAUGCCUUUUUUAACUUGUUUUAAUUUAAAAAUGACGCUUAAAAUGUGUUUUUAACGUGGUUUAGCUGAUUUGAAGGCCAUUUUUGGUGAUUUUUAAGCGUUUUUUGUUCUGUAAAGAAAGUUUUUGUAUAAUAUUAAAAAACUUGUUUUAAUAGAAUGAAAGGGCAUUCUAUUCUGUGUUAUGUCACAAAAUUUUGUGUUAUUAGAGGAUUUGUAAAAAAAGUUAUGGCACUAUUUUUAAGGGGAAUUUUCUCGUUUUUUUUAUUUUUGAUGGUUUUUUAAGCUGUAAAGAAAGUUUUUGCAAAAUUUUUGAAAAUCUGUUUUAUUGCAUUGGUAGGACAUGUCAUUGUGUGUUAAAUUGUAAAAUUUUAUGGGGUUACAAUUUACGUCAAAAAAGUUACGGCGCUUUUUAUAUGUUCAUCUCUUUUUGGAUUUGUAAAUAAAGUUCUUGCCAUUCUAUGGUCUGUGAAGAAAGUUCUUGCCAUUUGUUGUUUUGUAAACAAAGUUCUUGUCAUUUAUUGCUUUGUAAUGAAAGUUCUUGCCAUUUAUUGCUUUGUAAAGAAAGUUCUUGUUAUUUUUUGUUUUGUAAGGAAAGUUUUUGCCAUUUUAGGCCUUGUAAAGAAAGUAAUUAACAAUUUUUUCAAUUUCAGAGUCCUCGGCACCUGUAGCAAGAAAGCCGAAGAGGAGUUGUGCAAAGCCGGAGGGGAUAUUUGUGAGUUCGAAGUGGAUGGAUACUACAUUUCAAUUGGGAUCUGUGCCAUAAUUGGAGUGAUCUGGUACAAGAUCUUCUACAAACGGCUACAGAUGUUCCAGAAGAUUCCACGGUCUGAGUGGAGUGUCAUCAAGGCCAAAAAUUGA